CUGCCGCGGGAACCUUACUUUGCAGGAAAAGGGACGACACCAAACGAGACAAGUGACCACGAUGCAUGAAUGUGGCUCUUCAAAGCACUGAACUCAACAUGUCAAAAAAUUAGCUAUAUAAGCUUAUUUAUACUACCGUCAGAGUGCAGUCGAGGACAUUGUGCGCAAGAGGGACGAAAAAUUAGAGGACGGACGCCCCCGUUAUUCGCACCCGAAGACCAUGGAGCAGGAAACAAAUUGCUCCGUGUCAAAAAGAAACAUCAUAGCCAAGAUUUUUAAAGUUCGCAAGAGGAGGGAAAUGCUUUUCGUGCAGGUCUGUUUCAUCUGCAGUGUCCUCUUCAUGGCGUGGUGUAUGUCGGCACUACUGACAAAAACAGGACAUGGGCUGACCAUGGAGGAGGGGCAUAACGCUCAGGCUCAAUGGGGGCGGAGACUAAUGGCCACUGCGGGGGACAAUGAGACGGCAGUGGAGAAAAACUGCACAGAGCCAGCGAUUCACGAGUUCCCCGAAGAUGUGUUUACAAACAAUCAGCGCAAGCAAGGAGCAGUGCUGCUACAUAUACUCGCGGCCCUCUAUAUGUUCCUGGCCCUUGCGAUUGUGUGUGAUGACUUCUUUGUGACAUCCCUAGAGAAGAUCUGUGAGAAACUACACCUGAGUGAAGAUGUUGCCGGGGCAACCUUCAUGGCAGCCGGAAGCUCCGCCCCUGAGCUCUUUGCCUCUAUAAUAGGCGUGUUCAUUACCCACGGCGAUGUGGGAGUAGGCACAAUUGUGGGCUCUGCGGUUUUCAACAUCCUGUGCAUCAUAGGCGUGUGCGGAAUCUUCGCUGGUCAGGUAGUGUAUCUGACACGGUGGGCAGUUUUCCGAGACUCUUUCUACUACAUCCUGUCAGUGGUGCUUCUGAUUGUGUUUAUCUAUGACGAGAAGAUUGUGUGGUGGGAAAGCAUGAUUCUGGUGGUGAUGUAUGCCGGAUACAUUCUGAUCAUGAAAUUUAACACGAGCAUGCAGAACUACUUCACAGGGAAGGAGGAUAAGGGCGUGGCUAAUGGUAACACGGUGGCCAAUGAGCUGGAAGAUGUGAAGCCAGAUAAGACCUACAGGCAGGGCUCCGUGGUCAUGGUGGAUGAGAUGAUACGCUCAAGCUCUUCGAACUACCGCUUCCCUGAGGCCGGGCUCCGCGUCAUGAUCACCAACCACUUCGGUCCCAAAACGCGACUCCGAAUGGCCAGCCGCCUCAUCAUCAAUGAGAGGUUGGUUCAAGCUUCCAACGGGGUAGAAAACACGGUGGUGGAUGGGAAAGUUGACAACAUGGAGAAUGGGAAUGUUCCGGAAGACAAGCAGCCGGAGGAGGAGAGCAACAUCUCCUCUCCCUUCACUGUGCCAGGCGGCAUCCUUGAUAAGGGGAAGUGGCUAGUUUGUUGGCCCGUGCUGCUGUUGCUCUACUUCACUGUGCCAAACUGCUCGAAGCCUCGCUGGGAGCGGUGCUUCAUGCUGUCCUUCUUCCUCUCCACCGUUUGGAUCGCCAUCUUCUCCUACUUCAUGGUGUGGAUGGUGACGAUAAUUGGUUACACUCUGGGCAUCCCUGAUGUCAUCAUGGGUAUUACGUUUUUGGCAGCUGGCACCAGCGUUCCCGACUGCAUCGCCAGCCUCAUCGUCGCCCGGCAAGGUCUAGGGGACAUGGCAGUUUCCAACACCAUCGGCAGCAAUGUAUUCGACAUCCUGGUUGGUUUGGGAGUUCCCUGGGCAAUCCAGACCGUGGCUGUCAAUUUUGGCUCUGAGGUUCAGAUCAGCAGUCGGGGGCUGGUAUACUCUGUGGCCCUAUUGCUGGGUUCUGUAGCUUUCACUGUGUUGGGGAUUCACGUCAACGGGUGGAAGCUGGACCUGAGGCUGGGGGUGUAUGUGAUUAUCAUGUACGCUAUCUUCCUCUGCUUCUCCAUCAUGAUCGAGUACAAUGUCUUCACGUUCGUCAACCUGCCCAUGUGUCGGGAGCUGGAGUAG